AUCCCCCGUCUCCUUCAGCCGCAUCCUUAUCCUGUCGCGCCUCUCAUGUCGCUGCUCGUCUCCUCUCGUUCUCCUUCGAGCAAAACCUCGAACAGCUUGUGAGCAUCUCAAGAAGUAGGAGAAGCAAGAAGCAGAGAGACAUGGCUCUCCUCCCCGCCGCCAAAAUCUCGGAGCUCUCCUUUCACAACCCUCUCCCCCUCUGCUCUCGCCCCUCCCUCGUGCUGUCCCUCUCCCUCAUCCGCGGCCGCUUCCGCCGCCUCAUUUUUUCCGCUGCCGCAUCCUCCUCCUCUUCCCUCCGCCUAGCCGAGAGCGGAGGCGGCGACUCUGACUCUCGCCGCUCUCCCAGACACCGCAGGAACUCGCGGGAUGACGACGACAGGCAGGCCAAUGCUAAUCCCAGAACCCCUGUCCGCUCCGGGCUCCCAUCCGCGCCCUGGCUCCAGCAGUGGGCUCCUCCUGAUCCCUCGCCAUCGCCGCCAUCUCCGGAGAGAAAGCCAGCUGAGCCCGACGCUGGUCGAGGCGGCGCCAUCGAGAGGAUCGUAUAUCGGCUUCGGAACCUUGGGCUCGACUCCGAUGAUGACGAGUAUGAGGGUGAAAGCACUAAUGAACCAACUUUGUGCGGGGAUGAGAGAUUGGGGGAACUUCUGGAGCGGAGCUGGAACCGGCCAGAUAAGUCGCUCGAUAUGGGUCGGAUGCUCCUUCCGUGGGAGAGGGAAGACCACGGAGGGUUUGCCAAGGAAAAGGACGGGAGGGAUGCGAAGCGGAAGAGGGUGAGGGCGCCGACAUUGGCAGAGCUGACGAUAGAGGACUCGGAGCUACGGAGGCUCCGGCGUCUGGGGAUCAUGCUGAGGGAGAGGAUCACGGUGCCCAAGGCAGGUGUCACACAGGCCAUCACCGAGAAGAUUCAUGAUGCAUGGAGGAAGUCGGAGUUGGUUCGCCUCAAGUUUCAUGAGACAUUGGCCAACGACAUGAAGACAGCACAUGAGCUUGUCGAGCGUCGCACUGGAGGAUUGGUUAUUUGGAGGUCUGGAAGUGUCAUGGUGGUCUUUCGAGGGAGCAACUACAAGCGUCCUUCUAGAUCUCAAUCUUUAGAUGCUCAAUCCAAUUCUACAGGAUUAUCACAUGAAACUGAGUCACUAUUCAUUCCAGAUGUUCCAAAUACCACAAAGUUGGUCGAGGAUGAUAUUUGUGUUACUUCCUCAAAAACUGAACAGCCAAAACCAUCUGAAAUGAACCUUGAAUGUGAUGAAAACAUGACAGAGGAGGAAGCAGAGUACAAUGGCUUGCUUGAUGGGUUAGGUCCUCGAUUUGUUGAUUGGUGGGGAACUGGAAUUUUGCCUGUUGAUGCUGAUUUGUUGCCUCAAAAUAUUCCUGGCUUUAAAACACCAUUUAGACUUCUUCCUACUGGUAUGCGGUCACGACUCAAUAAUUCAGAGAUGACCAAUUUGAGAAAGCUAGCAAGGACUCUUCCUUCUCAUUUUGCCCUUGGGCGAAACAGACACCAUCAUGGUUUGGCAGCUGCUAUUCUGAAACUUUGGGAAAAAAGUUUGGUUGUGAAAAUUGCUGUUAAACGGGGAAUUCAAAAUACAAACAACAAACUUAUGGCUGAAGAGCUGAAGGCUUUGACUGGAGGAAUCCUGCUGCUCAGAAACAAAUAUUACAUUGUAAUUUAUCGUGGGAAGGAUUUUAUUCCAACAACUGUCGCCACUGCUUUGGCUGAAAGAGAGGAACUAACAAAGGAAAUUCAAGAUGCUGAGGAGCAAAUGCGCAAAAGCAUGAUUGGAGAACCUUGUGUAGAUGCACUUGAGGAGCAUGCACCUGUUGGUACUUUGGCUGAAUUUCUUGAGGCUCAGGCACGGUGGGGAAGAGAUAUAUCCUCUGAAGAAUGUGAUGCAAUGAAAAAAGAAGCUUUAAGAUCUGAAAGAACCAAGCUGUUUAAGAAAAUUGAACAAAAGCUUUCCGUUGCUCAAGCAAAGAAGUUAAGAGCUGAGAAACUGCUCGCUAAGAUUGAAGCAUCCAUGGUUCCGGUGAACCCAUCUAAUGACCAGGAAACAAUCACCGAUGAGGAACGAUCUGUGUUUCGCAGGAUUGGUUUGCGGAUGAAGGCAUAUCUUCCUCUUGGAAUUCGUGGUGUUUUUGAUGGUGUAAUUGAAAAUAUGCACUUGCAUUGGAAGCAUAGAGAAUUGGUGAAAUUAAUAUCAAAGCAGAAGACCUUAUCUUUCGUUGAGGACACCGCACGACUUUUGGAAUAUGAGAGUGGGGGGAUUUUAGUGGCAAUUGAGAGUGUCCCCAAAGGUUUUGCACUUAUUUAUUAUCGUGGGAAGAAUUAUCAGCGGCCUAUCAGCUUGCGGCCCAGAAACCUUCUAACGAAGGCAAAAGCAUUAAAACGUGCUGUAGCAAUCCAGCGCCAUGAGGCCCUUAGCCAACACAUAGAUGCGCUCGAGAAAACCAUAAAACAGAUGAAAGAGGAAGUGGGGAUCUCAGAAGACGAGUUAAUAGUUGCUGAUGACUGGAAGACUCAAUCUGAUGACGAUUCAUGCUCCAGUAACAUGGAAUAUGAAGAUUCCUCUCUGGAUUCUGAAGAUGAUGAUGACAGUGUCUUUUAUGAUUCCAAUGUUGAUGAAGCUUUAAGGUCUUGAAUAGAGUACUUUCUAGUAAAUCACCAAGCUGGACUCUUUUGCUCAAUCAUUGGUUACAGGAAGGCAUCCUUCAGGUCAUCUUGUUGGAGGUCAAG